UGCCACACGUCGUUCUUCAAAGCAAAACGGCUCACCCCCACGCCUCUUUUUAGUUUAUAAAUACUAAAUACAAUUUCGUUGCUACAUUGCCUACUUGUAUGUGUGUUGUUACCAAAGCGCGCUGCGUUUUUUGUCCGAGUUCUUAGCCGCUCGUCUUUUUGUGUACAUAUAUAUAUGUCUGUGAGAAAAACGCAUCCCCAAAAAUAAAAAUAAAAACCCAGAAAAGCACCUUGCAGUUACUCCACUAUCAUGCUGAAGCUUACUCUCAGUUGCUGCCAUUGUAAAGAGGUGCCACGAAGUAUCUUAGGAGUUGCUCAACCGUGCUAGGAGGACAUAGAUCUUCCAAUAGUCGACUGUACAGAAGAGAAAGGCAGAAGGGCGACGGACGCCCUCCUCUCCUAGAAUCAAGAAACACUUUAUAAGUAUUCACAGAACGUAGAAUCGGUCAUUAUCCAAGAAAUGUCACGUUCUCGGACCGAGGAGCCCAACGAGCCGCAGUACAACGAGAGCGAUGUGGUAUGGGUGAAAAUACACAACACAGAGAUCUGGUGGCCUGGCGAAGUUACCUUGUCUCAGAACAUUCGAUUCGUCAAGUCCAGUCGGCCCCCCUUUGCAGUUGUUGCCUUCUUCAACGAGAAAACUUACGAGCAAGUCAAAUCAAACAAACUGAUUUAUCCAUUUGAAUGCUCCAAAAAGGAGGAGUUCAUCCAACGUGGUAUCAGAAAAGCCGAAGCAAUAAGCACGGAAAUGAGAGUCAAGUUUAAUGAUGAUGUCGCAAUCGCAGAGUCCCGUAAUCAUCAUCAACGAUUAAGUGCACACGCCGCUUCACGACCAGAUAGCCUGAUCAAGGCGCUUCUCUCGAGCAGCAGUAACAGCCAGAGCAGCAGCACUCGCAGCUCGAACGGGCCGUCAUCGACGCCCAAGCAAGAGUCCACUUUCCGUAUUAUGGACAUUGCGCGCGCGGCUGACCCAGUCCCCGAGCGUUUUACCGAGGCCAGCUACGAGUGCACCAUGUGUAGAUUCCGCACCAGCAGUAUGAAUGUUCUCCUUAUCCACCGACGCGGACACCUGGAGUCCUCCAGCAAAUACAGCACUAGCAGCAACAGCAGCCAAAACGCCAGCAUCACCAGCCUCAGUCACAGCCCCAACAGCCGGACAAGAGCAGCCAGACGCGCCAACACCGCCAAUGAAUUCGAUUCUCCCCCACUUUUUGGAAGGCGCAGUCAGGACAGCAGCAACCACUUCCGUUGCCACUCGCGCCACGUUUCGAUUGUGGUGGACGCCGCGCUCGGCGAUGAGGCUCAGCAGAGAGUGGCUUCUAUAGCCCAGAUCACGAUGGAAAGCAUUGAGCGUGUGGUACAGCCCAAAGCCCAUAGCAACAGCAACUCAAGGGCGUCCUCGCCCCAGGUUGUUUCCCCGCGUCAAAGCAGACAGAACCGACGGGACCCUCGUAAUCAGCGCUUAAACAGGUUGCGCGCCACGAUGCCCGCCCCUGAGCAGCCUUUGGCAAAGCAGCGCCGCCUGACACGAUCCAUGACCCGUCGUCAGCAAGGCUUUUCUCUAACCGAAGAAAGAUCGCCAUCGCCUUCUUUGCCACCACCGCAAAUGAUUCCGCGGCGCAGUGGCGGACGUGGUAUUGCUGCUGAAAGACGCCGCACCUUGGCAGCGACUAUGGCUGAGCAGGCUUUGGGCGUGCCCAAGCGUUCCAGUGAAGAAGGGAAGACUUUAAUGACAAAAACCGUUCCAGUCCAAGUACCAGAUACAAUCUCACUUGAAUGUAGUGCACCAAAAGCGAAGCGCCGAAAGAGAGCAGUCUCGAAAAUCAAAUCGGCGAAGUCUUCUCUAUUAGUCAGAGAAGAAAAGAGAUCUGACAACGUUGCUAUUAGUUCCGAAUCCACAUAUGAUUUAUUGCAGUAUGCUGCUUCUCUACCAGCAACUGCAGUGCUCGCUGAAGAUUCAGCAUCGCCAUUACCAAUUACACCAACAUCAGCAGCAUCGCAGAAACCAAAAGUAAAUUAUUUGCUGUCGCAGACCCCAACUGCCGCUUCUUUGGAGCUUCAGCUAAGUCUGAUGGCCGAGUGGGGCGACGAUGAAUGUGAGGAGCCCUUAGAUGGCUCAAUCGAUCCCAAAAAAACCAUUGAAAAAGCUCAGAACCGAGAAAAGGAGCCGGAAAAAAAUAGAGGCGUCGCUUCCAAAAAGCGAAUACGCAAUAUACCAAAGAAGGAUCGGAGGGACGUGGUGCUACAGGAGUUUGACGUGGAUAGCAAACUGGAAACGGGUGACGAACCAAUCGUCAUUCAGGACAGCGAUGCCAGUUCCAACGAAAGUGUGGUUUUUGUUGAGGAUGAGGUCCCAGCGCGCGAGAGAAGCAAUGGAAAUAGCAAAUCCAAGGCCCACAAUUCUUCAUCCUGCUUCGACUUUGAAGAGGAGGAGGACCUGCAGCAACAGGAUGGAAAAAAUAGGUUGAGCUACAGACGUCGCACUAACCGCAAUGACGCUAAUGGCAAAGGCGCUGUGGAUAUAGAAGAAUGGCUCUUGUCGCCAGUGCUGUCAAGGGAAGUCGUCAAGUGCCAGCAGCCGGGACAAGCGUCGACAGCACGAACCAGAUCCAAAGUCAAUGCUUGCAAUGACGAAUUAUUCAAGGGAUUCCACGAUGAAUUACAAUUGGCAGCUGCCGCCGCAGCCUCUUUCGAGGCUAAUCGAUCUCUUAAACCGAUCGACAAUCAGGAAAAUUUGCAUCAAUACGCUGAUUCCGAACUAGAUGAAACGGAGCUUGAGGCCGAUCAGCUGAGCUUACCCAUCAAGGAACGGCAGAAGCGUAUUUUUAAAUCGCGCAACAAAUCAAUAGAGAUAGUGCCGAAAGAUGAAAGUCCUCCCACAUCGGUAUCCACACUACCUAGUGACGAGGAAGAGGUGGCCGAAGGGGGAGCCUCUCCCCAACUUAUCAAUGGAGGGUACAGCCGCAGCUCGAGCAACAGCAGAUGCAGUAACAGUAGCAGCGGAAGGAGUAGCAAAAUACGUCAUGGCAGUAAACCCAGGACAGAUUUAUCCCGUAGACAGCAUCGACGCUCCAAGCUAAAGGCUCGAUUUAAGCUUAAGCCCAAACCAACAGCCGAGGAAUUUAACAUCUGUAGCAGCAACAGCAAUAAUCUCUCCAACUCCAGUUCCAUAUCAAACACAAGUAGAAUGGCAUCCCCCCUUCUCAGCUCCAGCACGAGCUGCUCGAUUGCUUCAAAUAUAGCAGUGAUAUCUGCGGAGGAGGCACGGGAGCUUCAAAGAACCGCGUCGGGAGCAGGUCUUAUCAAUGCAGCCAUUGUGGAUGCCACACAGCCUGUGCAGCGAGGGGGUGUGCUAAUCCUUGAAGACAUACGGCUGCCCAAUCUUUACGAUCGCCUUCCUUUCGGCAGCCUACAUUCGUCAGACAGUAAUGACAGCCGCCAUCAGAAGUCAAACCACGAGAAGGUGGCCGUCGAGGAAGAACUUUCAAGAGACACAGAUGAGCAGGACUCGGAAGACGAAGAACAAAUCGUACCUCAUGAAGUUAAAUCCAAACUGGCGGCCAAUCAUAUUAGCAAGAAAAUGCUGGACGAAGUCCACGGGGAGGAACUACAAAAGCGUUGCCCAGAGCAAGAGAUCGAAUCUGGGCGGGAUCUUGAGGCUGGCACAGAGCAUCGGGAUCUGGAAUCUGGGCCAGAGCAAGAACAGGAGCUAGAUUCUGAGCCAGGGCAAGAGCUGGGAUCUGAGCAAGAUACGAAAUUGGUUGCCUCAACAAAACCAGAUACGCCAGAGGCUGUGUCUUUUGUGCCCCAAAAACGGGAAUUGCUUUUGAAAAAGAGAGAGCAAGAGCUACUUCGCCAAUACGAGGCUGAUCUGGUUAGCGGACGGAGUGUCGAAAAGUGUCGCAGGGCGCGGGAACGCUGGAGCCAAGUAUUACAAUCUACAGGAGAGUCGUCUUUAGAUACAGAUGGAGUACUGCAACUGAAGUCAGUAUCUCUAGACAUUGAAAUAAGAACACCUGACGAAGAUGAAGCCGGUCAACCAGAAAAGGGGCCACCUCCAACAGAUAUGGAGGCGGAAAAUUCUGAAGAAUCGGUAAGCUCGUUACUUGAGCCGCAGCCACAACUUGCCUCAGCGGAGCUGGUGGUGACACCGCCAUAUUCGCUACUCGCCCGGCGCCCUGUCAGCUAUUCCCUGGUUAAUUCCUCAACAGCCGCCCCCACGUUCAAGAGCGGAGACUUGAGCUAUGCCCAGAUAUUUUGUGACGAAGAUGUUGCCAAAGCCCACCAACAGCUGGAAGACCUCCGUGACCAGCAACGCCGUCGCUCCAGCUCAUUGCCCAUGCCGCUGUUGCAGUUUGGGCAGCGGCGCCAGCGUCGACGCUCGCGCAAUGUAGGGAGCGACAACGUAGUGAGCGGCACCCGCCACGACACCGUCGAGACGUCGUGUGAUCCGAAGGAACAGCAUGAGAGUCUAGAUAACCCGCCUCAGUUGUGCGCUGGGCGCAUCUGCGCUGUGAUGACCCGUCCUAUACCGGGCUACAACCAUACAUUUAUGCUCUGCUCGCUGGCCAACAACAACUUCAUGCCGUUGAACAACGUGGCAUUGUACCUGGACAGCGAGAAGAACCACCUGGUACCAGUGCCGCGAGAGGCGUUGGUGGAGCCACCGCGACUUGCAGAUGGGCAUCCCAUGUCAGCUGUCUUUGCGGACAUUGACUUCCGUGGUGGCCAGGCUAUGGCUCAGGUCGUAGAGCCAGCGGACAUGGAGAUGGAGAUGGGCGUGGACUUUGAGCAGAACAGCGAGGAGCAGUUCGACGCACCCGAGCAGCCCAUUUCAGUGGAGUCGUCGGUGCAGGUCGUGAAUAGUCAUUCGGAAGAAACCACAAUCGAUAACAAACAGGUGGAAAUGCUGGGUAUCAUGACGCCCCUAAGCCAAGUGGCCGAAGGGGUUUUGCCUGUGCCCAGCUUUGGUGGUACUCUCAAUGUAGACGAGGAGUUGUCGCUGCACGAGGACCAAUUGCAGUCUAACGUACUGCAGCUAAAUGUCAACGGGCAUCGCCUUGAACUGGACCCUUCAGUGCUUUUCAGCAUUGCGGAACAGCCAGAUUCCUGCAUCGAGCUAAAUGUGACAGAGACUGGUGCCAGCGGUGUCAGGGCCGUGCUCCAUGCCCGCGAUAUACUUCAAGCAGCCCAGGCGUACCUGCAGGAGCGCGAUUUGCAGCUUGUCAAUGUGGAAGACAUGACCUUAGAUGAGGAGGAUGUCGGUGGAACAUCGGCAAUAACAGUCCCCGCCACGGACAUGCUGGCCGAAGCACUUGCGGACAGCCAAGUGGUCAACGAUAUCGAAUAUGUAAACGCCGCCAACGCUAGUGUAGCUUUGCUAAACAUAGAGACGCGAAGCUCUGCCAGCGCUGGCCUCAUAGACGUUGUCGACGACGAACCCGACGGCGUUGUGUUCGUCUCACACGUGCUGCCGCCAGCUGCUGCACACCUCACACCACCCAUCACGGCUCGGACCAACGAAACAAAUGCGCUUCUCAACCAGACGCCUAUAAUGUCGACGCUGGAGAAUCCUAGCGCUGUGCAGCUGAGAUGCGUAUCUCCUUUGGGCGAAGUUAACCUGGAAGACAGUUUGGCCGUCAUCGGCGUAACAAACACUAGUGGCGUACCCACCUCACUAGAGCUCCCAAUCACCGUAACGAAUCCGGCUAUAGCUCCCCGCGUGACAGUCCCCAUCGCGGAAAUUCUGGGGUUCGCUCCCUUUCAGUAAGCGAUAGAUCGCGUCGACACAGUUUUUUCCUCUUUAUUUGUUCGUUUUUUAUCAUACACAAGAGUUUUUUUCUUAGCCGUAGUAGAUUUAACGAGAACGAUUUUAUGUUGAGCGUACAAGAGUAAGACAUUAAUUUUUUUUACGUUUUGCUAAUUUUAUUUAGCAUAAAGAACCGAUUUGAUGUAAGGUAUCACAUACAAUCUAUAUAUAUAUCUGUAUGAGCACGCAUGGAAUAGUUCCCUAUCCUAAGGUCUUAGCCUUGACAACGUUUCUCCAUUUACAUUGAAAAUGAAUGAGUAAGUGCAAAAUAAAUAUUACUCUAGCAAGUAGGAGAUAUAAUUGAUACAUCAUCGCAGAAAAAACGGAAGUAUGCGAUAGAAGAAGCAUCAUGAUGAUGAAAACAUCAAUAUUCAACAGGAGUACAGCACAUAGAGAAUAUGAGAUAAUAUUUAGAAGAUAUAUGUACAUGUAAACAUCUAAACUUCAAGCGCAACUUACAUUUUAUUACGUCGCAUAUGUCUUUGGCUAAGCAAAAUUAAUGUGUAAACUAAAUACCGAGAAGUUAACUGCUUUGACAAGGCAACGAACUAAAUAAAGUCAGCAUACUCCAAA